AUGAGUGGUGGUGGAUCAGCUUACCACACAGCAUCUGUAUUACCAAGUGAAAAAGUUUUAGUUGCUGGUGGUGAUAAUUCUCGUGGCCUUCUAAAUCGUGCUGAGUUAUAUGAUCCAUCAACAGGAACAUGGACACUUACCGGUAACAUGACUUAUGGACGAUAUGAACACACUGCAUUCGUAUUACCAAAUGGAAAAGUAUUAGUUGCUGGUGGCUAUUUUUAUAAUACUACUCUAAAUAGUGCUGAAUUAUAUGAAUUAUUAUGA